GUUUAUUUACAAAUGAUGGCAGGAGUGGUGCCGAAAAGAGCCACAUCUGGAAGAAAACAAUGGACUUUACAUGGUAAUUCACCCCCCAAAUCGUGCAAUAACACGCACUUCCUGCUAACCUACCGAAAAAACCAUCCCAGCAUGUACGGCCCCCGAAGCUCCCUCAAGCGGUUACGAAGUCAAAUGGCCACCGACGGUUGUCCAGAGUCGCAAGUUGUCUUAGCCAAACAACUCCUGGACGAACAAUGCGAAAUAGAAACUGAAACAAAAGAAAACGAAAGACUGGGUGUGUACUGGCUGAUCAAAGCAUCAGAACAGGGUAAUCUAGAGGCGACGGACCUCCUGAAAACGUGCCUGCAGACCGGAAAGGGAAUCACUGAGUUAAACUAUCUCGACGUAAAAUCAUGUAUAGGUAUGACCCAACACGAGAAGCUCGCGCGCAAAGCGGCGAGAGAAAUGUUCGCGAGUUUAUCCAACGGUGGCGAGUAUAUAACGUCCGACCAACUACAAAAAAAAAUCCUGGCGAUUGAUCGUGAACAGGCGGUGGAGAGCAUCCAGAAGGCGCCGCACCAAAACGGGCAGUUGGUUUGCGACGAAACUGAGUCCGACGAGGACACGGAUUGGUGCCAGAAAUCCGAAAUUAACGAAAAACUCACCGAGGACCAUUUAGUCUCUGCUGCCGUCGAUUACUCCCAUGGACAUCUCCCAAUAGUAAAUCGCACGUUGUGUUUGUCAGAUCCCGAUCUGAAAGCUCUAGAUCAUAUUCCUAUGGUGCAGAGGUCCAUCUUGCACCCGCUCCUAGCUCUAAAAAUUUUAUACUACAAACUAAUCAAGUUCCUGGGGCGAGAAUGCACGUUUUUCUUUCCUCUGGCUAAAUCAGAAGUGCAGCUGCUGGUGCUAAUGCUAGUAUAUGCACUUGUCAGUUCUGAUAACAUUCUCUAUUUUUUUCCAUUGGCGCUCUACUACAUAAGUUUUAUUGUGAUGGUAGUCGUGACGUUCCAAAUGUUACAAGUCAAACGUGAAUUCCACGAUUUUCGGCUGUGGUCCGGUUUGUUCAUUUGCUACUCUGGAGGCGACUUAAAUCCAGAAGAUGCAGAGUUCCUCUACGUGCGAAACAAUCUCAAACCGUAUGGGUUAUUUUUCAGUUCGUUGUUGGUUAAUUUGCUCGUUUACCCCGUCAUAGUCGAGCAGUGGAUCCCCCAGUCUGAGUUAAUGAUAAUUUCGUUUUGUUUGACGUUCGCCACUCUCUUAGGUUUCAUGUAUAAAAAAAGAGGUAAAACGAUUUUCGACCUUUUGGUGUUUUUCAGUUUCGGGAUUAACGUCCUAGCGAAGUACCCCUACGAGACUGACCCCGUGGUAGCGCAAGGUUGGCGCUUCUUAGAUUUAAAAAUCCCCACGUUUGCGAGCUAUGUAGUCGGAAACGGUAUCGAGUUUUGUAUUAAUUUUAGACUGUUGUUGUAUUUGUGUAUACCCCUUUUAUUAGUGAGGAUAGCGUCUAGACACAACUGGAAGGGUACCUACCAGGUGUUGAUCCCCCACUGCGUCACGUUAAGUUGGCUACAAAUUUGUAUCAUCAGCUCUCAAGGGGCUACAAUGUUUGGGCUAUUACGCGGCAGUUUAGCGUUAGUAGGAGUUGUCCUGUUUUUACCUCUAGUCGGUCUAACGAGUGUCAUUUUACCAGCGGCAGCUUUAACAAAGUGGAUCAUAACAUCUAACUUUAUGUUUAGUAUUUUUAUCUUCGCCACCGUCGUCGGUUUAGGAGUAGUUUUAUGUUAUCUUUGUGCCCAAACUCGCUACAAUAAAAUCACAGCUUUCAUUCAGAUGGUGUCAGCAGUUCUUGCUGUGAUCACGCUCGUGAAAUCCGGUUACUACAAGAACGACGAACACUACUUUGACGAAAACAAAUUACCGGAGUAUCUGUCAUGGGACGUUUACCAGAGGUUUUGCCACCAACCCGUCUGGCAAGAAGAAAAUAUAGCCCUAGCACAAAUUAAAUGUGCCGAGUUGGACAAUUCACACAUCAAUUGGGACGGUUAUAUAAACGAUAUCAAACUCAAAUCAAUCUCUAACAGUUUCCAAACAAUCUUCGACCAUUUCCCUCAUUCCAUACGUCAAUACUUGUAUUGUUUCUACGGAGAAGAAAACAAAGACGAUUGCGAUAACUUUCCACUAGCCAUCCGAGAAGAGUGUACUUCUUUUUACAGCGCCAUCAAAUCAACCAAGUCGUGUUCUCUCCAGAAAUAUCACUCGUACACGUUCGAAAUUACAACAAAAGUUCAGUCGGGGAUAUGGGGCAAAAGCCCAGAAGUAACCCUCGUCGUUGACAAUUAUUUUAAAAACUUUACUCUUAAUCUGAAACCGAACGACCAUAUUUGGUUCAAAGGGACGCUUUUUAACAACGAAAUUGCGGGCGCGGAUGGAAUUCUAGGGGGCUUUAAAAUUCACGUCAGGUUGGACGAGAUGGGGUGUCUUGCUUGCAGUAAUGUUCAUCUAACAAGUAUCACGAGGAAAGUGGAAACGAAGUUUGAUAUUAGUAGCGUUGUUGACGCACUCAUCGUGGGUCUUAAGUUUAUUUUAAAUGUAAUUUUAAGUCCUGUUGUAGUUCUCAAAUAGACUGUUACUCACUUUGUAUUAACUUUAUGUUAUUGUAAUUUAUUGAUGUUAAUAAAUGUUAUAUAAAUGUA